AAAACGAUGGACUUUACACCAGCCGAGCUGAAAACACUCACAAAUGCUUUGCUAGGAAUGUCUGAAAAUUUGAAACAACUAAAACCACAUGCCGAGGAGGUGAUGGCAAUUAUAGCACAACCACGUUAUAAGUCGCCAAGCGUAGAAUUGCCAACUCUAGUGAACUACGAUUUCAAGGAAUUGGCAGUGGCACUUUAUAAGGACAUUUGCGGGGAGGACUUGAAAUUGUCAGAAGAACCCACUGAUCAAUCAUAUGUUGAAUCUACGAUCCCCGUAGUUUAUCUUAACAACGCCGGAGUACAUCUAAACGAGCUGCAAGAAAAUUUGAAUAAACUUUGGCGAUUCAAGCCCGACAUUAAAGACUUUCUUGAGACUUCUGAUCAAUAUAGACAAACCGGAAAAGAAAUGGCAAAAGCUUUCUCAACAUCGCAUUAUUUACACAGAGAUGGUGACCAAUUGCUAAAGUUUAUUGGGAUGAAUCAAAAAUGCAAUCGAUUUUCAAUUGAUAGUAGUUUGCGCACCUUAGAGAUGAGAAACAUAGAAAACCGGGAACAAAUAGUAAAGGGGAAUAAAAUUUAUCCCAGAUUUCAACGCAACCUCAGAACCCUUACGUCGGUUUUCUUUUGCGAUUAUGAGGGAUGUUCCAAAAGGUCAUUGACGGUGAUGGAACUAAACUAUCAUUACUACUACAAGCACACUCAACACAUACUGAAAGACUCUCAAACAUCUGGUUUAUCAGCGGAAGUAUCGAAAGAGCUAGCUUCUCAUUUUUCGACUCUGGCGUAGCACUUGAGCCAAAUUUAUCAACAUUUGGAGGAGAUCAAAGAAAUAUCUGAAAAAAAAGAGUAUCAAUCCGAUUAUUGUAAGAUCAUGGAUGUCGCGGUGAAGACCCUCUUCAAAUACGACAUGAACCUUCUGGCCAAUACAAUAUUGACUUCUCGUGACUUGGAAAACAGUUGUCUUGAGAAGAAAACUUCAUCUACAUCUCUGGAAAAUGCAGCCAGACACGUUUUUUUGUUGAAAACUACCAUCGGACACAUUUACCCAUUCCUUAAGGAUGUUCUCCCUAUCAUGAAAGCUUCUGACUACUAUAAGCCUCAUACUCUAGAGAUCUUAAAAGCAUUUAUGGCUUUCGAAUCGAUCACUCUCUGGUCUUCCAACAUUAUUGUAGCAUCUGAUGUUUUACAAUUCAUUGGGAAAGACUUACAAUGGUUCCGACAUAAAACCCAACAACCGAGAAAGCGAAAGAUAUCUGAUAGUGUUACAAAAAGAGAUUAUCCAGUAUACAUGGAGUAUGACAGCCAGUUGAAAGGAUACGGUUGUGACAAAUGUUUUUCUAUCAGUAAGUCGCUUGCCACUUUGAACCUCCACUUCUAUUUCGAGCAUGCCAAGAAUCAAGUCGGAGAGAUCAGUGAGAAAACGAAAAAGAUAAAGCUUGACGAUCAACAAACAUCAGAUCAAUCAACUGAUAAAGGGACCAACGAAGACUUGGAUGGCGAUUGGCUUCUCGUAUAAUCAUGAUACUCCUUCAUUGAUUUUCAAUGCAUUUACACGACUUCUUUACUGAUUUCAAACAAUAACCAAUCACAAUAUUGUACAUCAAUCUUUUUUAUCAGCUUUGAAUGCUCCCUAUAAAUCUAUACUACACCAUUUUUCAAACACUUACGGAAUAUUUAUUAUCUUUCAUUAAUUCUCAAAAUAAAGCUUAACUUCGUUAUUUGUCUGGUCUGCAGGCCUGAUGCUGCUACCACUGGGCUUUACUUCAAGCCACGUCCGAGCUAGGGACUGCGGCCCACUUCCCAGAGCUGUACAAUUAAAAUUAUCUCUAAUUUCAGGUCUUCCUCAUCGUCGAUGCCCAGGAAGCAAUACAACAAACUCUCAUCUCAAGGGCAAAGUUGAUGAUGUCUACGCGAGCUACCGUGAUGAGUUAGAUCACUGUACCAACUAUGGAAAAAUUAAUGCUGGCCUAUCUGAGAAGCUGAAGAACCGAGCUAAAAAGAUCGCUGAACAGGAGAAGCUGAUUGAAAAACUGAAAGUGGAGCACAUUCGGGCCUUCAACCACAGCUACAGCAAGUGGACAAACCGCCGGCUCAACCAAUAUCGUACUUGUUUUUAUUGCUGCAAAAGAUAUGACGAGGUCGAGGUCGUUGUUCGUGUGACCGAAUGUGGUCACUCCGGAUGCAAAACUUGUUUCGAUAAGAUGCUGAUUGAAGACCAUCACGGAAAGUAUCUCAAAUGUCCAGAGUGCCGUCUCUGCUCGGUUAACUAUGAGCAAUCAUUUUUUUUCCGUUCAAACCUAAAUGUAAUCCUCAACCAGCGACACAAACUUCAAAAUGGGACAGCCUACUUAACU